AUGAGUGCCCCAAAAGAUGAGCGGUCAGGAAUACAGCAUGACAACGAAAUCAGCGAUGCGAAUGUGGUGGGGAAUGUGGACAAUCAUAUAAGGGCCCCGUUAGAUAAGACCCAUCCAGUGAAAGACCAAGGACAUUACACCGACGACCCCGAAAGAAUAAAGGACUCAAAACCGACUGAUGUACCUCCGGAUGGCGGAUAUGGUUGGUCGUAUGGAGUCUUUCUUGCUCACUACCUCGCGAAUAAUACUUUUCCUGGCGCAACUUCACUUGAAUAUGCAUUCGUUGGUGGUUUAUCGAUUUCCCUAGCUCUGUUUACGGCACCAGUAGCUACCAUCUGUACGCGAAAGUUUGGGACACAAAUUACUCUAGCCGUUGGUAUCUUGUUCGAAACGGCGGGACUUCUGGGAGCUUCUUUUGCAUAUGAGAUAUGGCAUUUGUUUCUAUCACAAGGUGUCGCUUUUGGGUUCGGUAUGGGAUUUUUAUUCGUAGGUAGUGUUGGAGUCGUCCCACAGUGGUUCUCGAAGCGCCGAUCUUUAGCCAAUGGUAUUUCAGCAGCUGGAAGUGGGCUGGGAGGGUUAAUAUAUUCCUUGGGGACAAACGCAAUGAUUCAAUCUAUUGGAUUAGGCUGGGCUUUUCGGAUAUUGGCCAUUUUGGCUUUUGGAGUUAAUACCAUUUGCACAAUCAUGGUUAAGGAUCGAAAUAAAGCUGUUGGAUCUGUGCAAAAAGCUUUUGACAUGCAAUUAUUCAAAAGGCCUGAAUUUCUCCUCUUGCUUGGAUGGGGAUUCUUCAGUAUGCUUGCAUAUAUCGUUCUUCUCUUCUCCUUACCGAAUUACGCGAGGAGUAUAGGUCUCUCAGCCAAGCAAGGUUCAGUUAUUGGUGCUCUCCUAAAUCUUGGACAAGGUCUUGGUCGGCCAUUUGUGGGAGGCUUCUCAGAUGUAACCGGACGUAUCAACAUGGCUGGCGUGUGUACUUUCCUUGCAGGAAUUUUCUGUCUUGUCAUAUGGAUCUUUGCUAAAUCCUACGGCGUUCUCAUCUUCUUUGCCCUUAUUGUUGGAACUGUAUCGGGUACAUUUUGGGCUACUAUCGCUCCAGUAGGCGCAGAAGUAGUUGGUUUGAAAGUUCUUCCUUCGGCUCUAUCUAUAACUUGGCUAGUUCUAGUGAUCCCUUGCACAUUUUCAGAACCAAUUGGAUUAAGGUUGAGAGCUUCAUCUGGGGAUAUUUAUCUACAUGCACAGGUUUACGCAGGAUGUAUGUAUAUUGGAGCUGCGAUGUGUAUGUGGGGUGUUAGGGCGUGGAAAAUUAAGGAAUUGGAUAAUUUGAGGGAAGGUGAUGGGGAGAAGGAAAUAAGGGAUGAUGAUGGAGCGAGGAGGGAGAGGGAGAUGGAAAGAGAGUGUGAAGAGGAGGAAAAGAGUGAGGAGGAAGCUAAUGUGCCCGUGAGGAGACAGAUGACGAGAACGGAGAGUGUAAAGAGGGCUGCGAAGGGGUUGUGGGUUUUACGGAGAGUGUAG